AGAAAUGAUGGGAGCAAAAAGAAAGAAAAAAAGAAAAUCUCAAUAAAGCUUAUAUAGAACAAGUGAUCGAAACACCACAAAAUGGGGGUGAAAUUGCAGAAGCGACUCCAUGGCGGGACUUCACUUAGCUCUGAUUUUUUGCUCAAUUUUCUUCCCCGCAAUCUCCGAAGCAUCCCGUUGCUCGAUCACCGUUUCUGUCCAGAUUUUUGGAGAUGCCACCAAGAGGCAUGCCAUGAGAGGAAAGGGGGGCCAUUCACUAUGAGCACAAUCAAAAGGCUGCCCCUGGUAAGAAAUAUUAGUGAGCUUCCACAAGAUAACUAUGGCAGGGGAGGCUUGUCUCACAUUACUGUUGCAGGUUCAAUACUGCAUGGGCUGAAGGAGGUGGAGGUGUGGCUCCAAACAUUUUCUCCUGGAUCACACACACCCAUUCACAGGCACUCAUGUGAAGAAGUUUUUGUGGUUCUGAAGGGGACUGGCACUCUCUAUCUUGCUCCUGAGUCUCAUGAAAAGUACCCUGGAACGCCCAAAGAAUUUUCUAUCUAUUCAAACAGUACAUUUAUCAUUCCCAUUAAUGAUGCUCACCAGGUCUGGAAUACGAAUGAACACGAGGAUCUACAGAUGCUCGUCAUCAUUUCUAGGCCACCGGCCAAAGUGUUCAUUUAUAAUGACUGGUCCAUGCCCCACACAGCAGCAAGAUUGAAGUUCCCCUACUCCUGGGAUGAACAGUGUUUCGAACCACCUGUAAAGGAUGAACUUUGAUGUUGAUCAAAGUCGUUUCUGACCUUCGAAAUGGAACGUAAAGCUGAAGCGUCAGAGAAAAUAGUGGAAUAUAAGGAACAAUCUGUCCUACUGUCAUGGAAUAUAUUGUGAGGGCCUUGAAUCCUCAUUAUUGUUCUGCUUCACUUUUCUGGUUUUUGUUGAUAUUACACCAUAUUCCCCAAUCUUUGCUCAUAUCACAGCCAUGGCUGAAAAAGUAGACCAUCCUCAAACUAAUGAGCAGAUAGAAGGGUUGAAGAGUCAUAUUGGACGACACAAAGAUAGAAGGAAAGAUAGAAGGGUUCUAUUCUUUUGGAUUGGAAGCCCUUUCUUUAGUUAGGGCUCCUCUCGGGCGUUUGUUUUUGUAUUCUCGUUGUAUAUGCUUCUAUUUUCAUUCGUCUUACUGAAAAGUUCGUUUUUUAUUAAAAAAAAGGAAAAAUAUAUUGGUUCUGUUCUGGUUUGUUUGACCAAA